UCAUUUGUUUUAGAAGUAAAAGACUUCGAUGAAUAUUUUAAAUGUCAGAAGCAGUUGCAUCGAUUCCAAGUAAAUACCAAACAAUUGUCAAAAAUAACAAUGAAAAACUAGCUUUUAACUCUAAAAGCAAAAGAUUCUUGAACAAUCAAAGUGAUGGACCAAGUCCUUUAAGUUAUGAUUUGAAGAAUACUUUGGCAAACCAGAAUAAUUGUUCAUUUUCAAAAAGAGGUUUUGGAGGUUUUGCGUCAAAAGUAAAACGAUUUACUGUUCCUAGGAAUAACCUGCUUUCUGUUGGUCCUGGUCAUUAUAAUUUGGAUCAAAAAGUUAGUUUUAGUUACAGUUUUUCUUCAUGUACCAGAAAUUUUCACCCUCCAACCAUGGUGCGGAAGAGCUGUAAGCUAAUCACACCUGCGCCAAACCAUUAUAAUGUAUGCAAAGAAAUAUCACACAGAUUGGCUAAAAAAGUUCCUACAAAAAUUGCAUUUAUGUCUCAGGCAAAACGUGAUUUGAAUAAUGGAAGUACUAAUAAGGAUAUCCCAGCUCCAGGCUCAUAUAAUAUUAGUGAGGAGCUUGCAAAUGCAAAAUCUCGCUCAGUAAAAAUUCCAUUUAAUUCGACUGUACAAAGAUGUUUGCCAGUUGCAAAGUCAGAAAAUCCUGGUCCUGCAGCAUAUAAUGUAUGCAACAGAUGCGACAAAUCAUACAGUAGUUCUGCAAUAUAUCACCCAUGCAAUGAAAUUUUUCCAUCUACUUUUCAACAUAAACGUUGUUAUUGUGUAUCUUAUCAUGCAGCACAACUACCGCCUAAACCCAUCACUCCAGGGCCUGGCCAUUAUGAACUAGUAAAAUACGAACAACCAAAACUGCCCAUAAGUAGCUCUAUGUUUGUGUCGUCGACUAACAGAUGUGCCCGGAAUGCAUUUAACAGUCCCGGACCAGUCUGCUUCAUUUUAGCUGCGUAUGAUCCUCGUCAUACCUUAACGCAAUCGUUCUUUUACAAUUUUGAGAAGAAAUGGAUAUGAGUUUUAAAAUAAAUAUUUUCUUGUUAAAAUUAUAUACAUGUAUUUAAUUAA